AAUUGGGAGACUGAUAUUGGCGGGAAAAGAAACCUAACUACAAAGCCCUAAUUUAUUCCAAUUUGAAAUCGGAAUCGAAGAAGAGAAUGGCGGAGGCGGAGGAGCUUCCCCGGGCUGUCGUGCGCCGCGUGGUGAAGGAAAAGCUCUCCCGUUGCUCCGACGACGGAGAAAUUUCCGUCAACAAAGACGCCCUUCUCGCUUUCUCCGAAAGCGCUAGAAUUUUCGUUCACUACCUCUCCGCUACGGCUAAUGACAUAUGUAAGGAGUCAAAGAGGCAGAUUAUCAAUGCUGAGGAUGUUUUCAAGGCUCUUGAAGAGACUGAGUUCCCUGAGUUUGUUCGCCCUCUAAAAGCUUCUCUGGAAGAGUUUAGGAAGAAGAAUGCUGGUAAAAGAGCUGCAGUGUCGAAGGGAAAGGGAAAUGAGACGACAAAGAAAAGAAAGUCGGAAGCUGAUGCAUCUGAUAAAGGUGAGGGUGGUGACGGCCAAUGAUUCAAAUGGAUGCAGGCAGUUGCAUUAGUCAUGACUGAGCCGGGGUUAUAUCUCAUGUAGUUAUGUUGAAAUGUACAUGACUCCUUGUUAAUUGGAUGUGAGUACUUGGUAUUAAUGUCACAAAUGUAGCUUUAAGAUUGUUUGUUAGUAAUCCCAUUGAUGCAAGGAACCUUGUAGGAAAAUAAAAAAAGGAUUUUCCAUCCUAAAUAUUGAUGUGUUGCAUUCUUUCAUGACGAGUGCGAGGAGUUAAUAAAGAAGUUGAA